AUGACCAAGCCAGACACAGCCCGCUUGAUGGAAAUGUACAUGAGCCAGCCCCUCAGUAUGUAUUGUCAAUUUCAUCCAUUUCGAUGGACCGCGAGUGAAACUUCCAGUCGUGGUAUGAACCGCAUCGCAUCGAGGAGCAUGAUCGUGACGGUAGCUGGCACCGGACUCAUGUGCGGGGUUAUUCGAAAGCGCAGUCGGUGUGAGGGGAGGCGAACCUGCCAAGGCCAGAAAGCCGGGAUUGGAAUUGUCGGAAUAGGUUGGUGUUUGUGA